CGGCAGGUCUGGGGCUCCGAGGGGCUGGGUAGGUCCGGGGCACUGCCUUCCCCGGGCGCUGGAGUGUGCUCUAAAGGAUAACACGUAUCAGCAAUCCUCCUCUUGGCCCAUUGGAGUGGGAAUGGCUGCUGUUUUCCUUCCAGAUGUUCCUGAAGAGCCAAAAGAGCUCUUUGAAGUAACUAAUAAAAAAGGGCCUGCUGUGGGUCAGAGAUCUGGCACAAAAGGGAGCAGCCAAAACAACCAGGAGUUAUUCUGCCAGCGCUUCCAACAUUUCUGCUACAAGGAGACUCCUGGGCCCCAUGAGGCCUUGAGCCAGCUCUGGGUGUUCUGCUGUGAGUGGUUAAGGCCUGAGAUACACACCAAGGAGCAGAUGUUGGACUUGCUGGUGCUGGAGCAGUUCCUGACCAUCCUGCCUGAGGAGCUCCAGGACUGGGCACAGGAGCAUCAACCAGAGAGUGGGGAGGGGGUGGUAGCUCUGCUGGAAGAUCUGGAGAGGGAGCUGGAUGAAUCAGGCCAACAGAUGAUGUGAUACGAAUUGAGAAAGAAGAAUUUGUUCAAAAGCAGGAGCUUACUGUAGAUAUGGAUUCCCAAGAAAAGUUAUCAGACCAAAUCAAUGGAGAGGCUCUUGAAUGUGGAACCCAAGAACAUGAAGGAUGGACAGAAAGAUAUCAGAGAAACACUUCAAAUGACAGAAGAUAUAAAUGUGAUGAAUGUGGAAAAAGAUUCACUCAAAACUCAAGCCUCAUUAGACAUAAAAGAAUCCACACUGGAGAGAGACCCUGUUCAUGUAAUGUAUGUGGCAAAACUUUCAUUCAGAGCUCACAACUUACUGACCAUCAGAGAAUACAUAGCCAAUUAAAACCGUAUCAGUGUGAUGAGUGUGGGAAAGCCUUUUAUUACGGUUUACACCUUGUUCAGCAUCAAAGGACCCACACUGGAGAAAAACCUUUCCAAUGUAAUGAUUGGAAAGCUUUUCAUUACAGCUCAGGCCUUAUUCAACACCAAAGGACCCACACAGGAGAGAAACAAUACCAGUGUAACGACUGCGGGAAAGCUUUCUCUCUGAGCUCACAUCUGAUACAACACCAGAGAGUCCAUACUGGAGGGAAGCCAUACCAGUGUAGGGAGUGUGGGAAAAGCUUCAGCCAGAGUUCAGGCCUCUUCCAUCACCAGAGAAUCCACAGUGGGGAGAAACCAUAUGAAUGUCAUGAGUGUGGAAAGGCUUUCAGUCAUAGUUCAGCUCUUGUUGGACACCAGCGAAUCCACAGUGGAGAGAGGCCCUAUGAGUGUGAUGUGUGUGGGAAAGCUUUCAGAUAUAGCUCACAUCUUCUGGGACACCGAAGAAUCCACACUGGAGAGAAGCCCUAUGAAUGCGAUGUGUGUGGAAAAGCUUUCCGGCAGAGCGCACACCUCAUUGUACAUCAGCGAAUCCACACUGGAGAGAAGCCCUGGUGAUGUCAAGAGUGAUGUAGAAUUUUCCAUCUAUGCUCAUUCCUGUGGGACAUCAGAAAAGCACAGCUAGAUGUAGGGAACUCUGUGAUCACUAUUGCAAUUUCAGCAGUCUUUUGAAAAUACUUAUAGAGGCUGAAAUAGGCAGGCACCUGACAGCUUACCAAGCAAGACGUUGUGAUGUUAUGCCACUAAGCACAUCAUGUGAUGAACUGAGACUUUGGAAGGGCUCAUUCCAUAUUCUCAAACUUUUCUUCUCUGAAGCAAGUGGCUCAGGCAAUCUAAAUGGUCUGUUAGACAAAUAACAAGAUUUUAGAGAUUACUACUGUUUCUUUUCCCCUUCCCUUUUUAUUCUCCCGUUUUCUUUGGAGAUGGAAUAAUAAUCUUGUCUAAAGUGUGAAUUUAGAAUUAACACCUGAUCUGCAUUUUUUUAAAAAAACAUGAAUUUUUGGUUAGCUUGAUAAAAUUA